GUGGGCGGGGCUUCGAUUAAAGCGGCAGCGAGGCGCGGGUGACAGAUCCCCAGGAGCGGAGCAAGAUGAACCCGGACAGCGGCCCUGGGGGGGGGCCCCGGCAGCCCUCCAAGCGCCGGCUGCCGGCCGCCCCCUCCGGCAUGGCCAGUCCUCACCAGCUCUUCGAUGACACCAGCUCCAGCGGCCUGGGCAGGAGCUACGCUGCCCAGCAGCCCCCCGCUGCGGGCUCCUUCCUGGCCGAGCCCGUGUCCAGCUUCGCCAUGGCCUACGGCACCACCCUGGCCAGCCAGGGCAAGGAGAUCGUCGACAGGAAUAUUGACCGCUUCAUCCCCGUGACCAAGCUGAAAUAUUACUUUGCUGUGGACACUGUCUAUGUGGGCAAGAAGCUGAGGCUGCUUCUCUUCCCGUUCAUGCACCAGGACUGGCAGGUGCGAUACCAGCAAGACACGCCCGUAGCACCCCGGUUUGACAUCAACGCCCCUGAUCUCUACAUCCCAGUCAUGGCUUUCAUCACGUACAUCCUGGUGGCUGGCUUAGCGCUGGGGACCCAGAACAGGUUUUCUCCCGACAUCCUGGGCUUGCAGGCCAGCUCGGCCCUGGCCUGGCUGAUCAUGGAGGUGCUGGCCAUCCUGCUGAGCCUCUACCUGGUGACUGUGAACACCGACCUCACCACCAUCGACCUCGUCGCCUUCUCGGGGUACAAGUACGUCGGGAUGAUUGUCGGCACCGUGUCCGGCCUGCUCUUCGGCAAGACCGGCUACUACCUGGUGCUCAGCUGGUGCUGCCUGUCCAUCUUCGUCUUCAUGAUCAGGACGCUGCGGCUGAAGAUCCUGUCAGAGGCGGCUGCGGAGGGUGUGCUGGUGCGGGGGGCCAAAAAUCAGCUGCGCAUGUACCUCACCAUGGCCAUCGCCGCCCUGCAGCCGCUCUUCAUGUACUGGCUGACCUUCCACCUGGUCAGGUGAUGGGGCCUCCCUGCUGCAUCCUCUCCAGCUGCCUGGACCCUGCCCCUCGCUCCCCAGGCCCAGCCGGGCUCCCUGCCUGGGCCUGUUCACAGCCAGGCCAACGGCGGGCGUCAAACAAGGCCGUGUCCGCUCCGGCUUGGGCUGCAGUGCCGUCCUUGUGUUAGGGUAGCAGGGUGGGUGUGGGGGGUGAGGGGCUCCUGGCCAGGAUCUGGGGGGGUCCCUCUCUGAUGGGUUUAGCCCUUUGGUAAAGAGACACUGCAGGGUUUUGUUUAAGGGCCUCUGACCCCAGCCAGGAGGGUGUCCCUUCCCCCUGUCAGCGGGGGAGGCAGCUGGAGCUUGGCAUGUCCCAAGUGACUUGUCUCUGGGAGCAGCGUGGGAGAUCCCAGGCUCUGCCCUGGCAGUGUCUGUGGAGGGUGGGACCCUCUGCUGGGAAGUGUCCCUUACCCUGCAGUGCCUCCUCCAGCCGGGCCGCCAAGAACCUGCCUGGAGCCCUGUACGCGCCAGCCCUGGCCCCUGCCCGCUCCUGCGCAAAGCUGCUGUGAAAUGCCUGGCGCCGCCCCCAUCUCCAGGCUGGGCGGUGCCGGCCCAGUGCUCAGUGCAGGGCCCACCGGCCAUGUGGAACCAGCCGCUGUUCUUUGGUUUCGGGUGGGGCAGUGGGGGCCAGCCUUGCCCUGAGGGCUGGUGCUGCGUAGGGCCCCUGCCGCUGGCCUUCAGGGCUGGCUUCCUACAGCUCCCGCUAAUGCCUGAGCAGCCCCCCCUCCCCCCGUGCAUGUUAAUGCAUGUGCACUGCUGCCUGAUGGUUUCUCAGUAUUUGUGUGCUGCUGCUGGGGGGCAGGCCUGCCUCGCUGGCCCCCCCCCCCCGUGUCUGUAUCCACAACAAGCCAAUAAACAGCCGUGAUGGUG